AUUAGUAUUUUUUUUUUUUGUUGUUGAAAAAAGGGCUUGGGGAUGGAAGAGAAGGAGAGUAUGGUAUCUGGGUCACCAGUAGUAGGUAACUGGGAGACCGAGUCGCCGCCGGUGAGUGGUGGUGGUGGGGUGGUGCUGCCGCAGGUGAUGAUGAACAUGAGCAUGGAGAGAAGCCUAGGGAUCACCACCACAGGUGGUGGUGGUGUAGCUGCUGGUGGUGGUGGUGGUGGUGGUGGUUUGUUGGUGAAGAAGAAGAGAGGGAGGCCAAGAAAGUAUGACUCAGAUGGUAACUUGAGACUACCAUCUAUACCACCACCACCACCACCACCAGGUUUUUCUUUCUCACCUCCUUUUUCUUCUUCUUCUGAGUUCUCUUCUUCCAAAAGGGGUCGUGGCAGACCACCUGGUUCUGGUAACUGGCAGCUGCUUGCUUCUUUAGGUGAGUUGUUCGCAAACACAGCAGGAGUGGACUUUACACCCCAUGUCGUAACUGUAUACGCAGGAGAGGAUGUUGCAGCAAAGAUUCUUUCAUUUUCUCAAAAGGGUCCUCGAGGAAUUUGCGUCCUCUCUGCCAAUGGCACUGUUUCUAAUGUUAGUAUUCGCCAGCCCGGUUCAUCCGGCGGGAUCUUGACAUAUGAGGGCCGCUUUGAGAUAUUGUCUCUGACAGGAUCAUAUACAGUCUUUGAAAAUGGUGGUGUGAGAAGUAGGACAGGCGGCCUAAGUGUCUCACUAGCUGGUCCUGAUGGCCGUGUUAUUGGUGGUGGUGUGGCUGGUUUGUUAAUGGCUGCUAGCCCAAUCCAGAUUGUUGUGGGAAGCUUCAUGCCAAAUGGUUACAAAGCAUACAAAAGAAAGCACAGUUAUGAACAAAGAAUGACUCCUCUUACACCAGGUGCUCCUCCAGACACAGUGACAGCAGCAACACCAAUCUCCCAAGCAGCACCUGCAGGUGCCAUCUUCCCAAUUCCGACAACUCAAUUACCGGUACAAAGCCAUGGAGAAGCAGAUAACAGCCCGAAUGAUAAACAAAACCUGAAUGCCACAUCUACCGAUAGCACUGGAUGGAAUGACUCAGAGUACAUGUCAGCUCAGAGACCAUCUCCUGACAUCAAUGUUUCUCUGUGGCAGUAGAAUAGUCCUCAAGGUGUGUUCUUUGUUUUGUUCAUUUGUAAUUUUAUCUUUUUAGUUAGGUCUAUGUUAGAGACUCAGAGGCUGACCUUAUGAUUAAUGACAGGCUAAUUUUUAACUUUGAUUCUUGUUGUAACAUUAACAUUGGAAGAGAAUGUUUUAAACCUUCUGCCUGAGCUUGUGUUAGUGACAAAUUCAGCUGUCAAAUUCUCUUAGUAUUUUUCUUUUU